AUGGCUGCAACAAAAAAAUCUUCUGAUGUGACACCAUCCGCCGCAUCCAACAACUCAUUACCUGCACUGGCAAAGGCUCUGUGUCGCGGUAAUGCUUGUCCUAACUGUGGUAAAUGUUGUGAUUGGUACUAUGAUGGUAAUAUUGAUCGUGAUAAUGAGCGUUUUCAUCGUGGCGAGUCUAGUGAUAUAUGUGAGUACACACGCUGGCAUCGUCGUCCUAAUGGACCUAGUGUAACAUGUUCUUAUUUUUAUUAUGAUCAUCUGAAUGCCUCUGAUAUUCAACAUGGUUUUGAUAUUUGUCGUUGUCCAUAA